GGGGAGGAGAAAUGUGUCAAAAAAUGCACUAAUACGUCAGAAGGUGCUGCUGCUAUGAGAAAUUCUUCUAGCGAAACUUAGCAUCUUUUCGUGCGAUUUAUUUGUCGAAAAAAUUUCAAUUUAUCUGUGUAAAUCAGUGAUAAUUAGUGUAUCUAACUCAUUACAUAAAAAUACCAAUCGAAAAUGCCUCCAGUUAAGAACGAAGGAGAAAGUGACGCGGACGGCGACAUGUCCGGAGCAGAAUCGGAUCAUUCCGCUUCAAGCCGUGCUCCGGAUCAUGAUUCCAGUGCGGAGGAAGCGGAUGAACCUGAUUCCGACGAUUCAUCCGAGAUGAGCGAAGGAGAGUGCGAACGAAGGCGCGCUGAUUGUUUGGAUAAUCUUACUAAUCUGGAGAAGCAAUUCGCAAUUCUGAAGGAGCAGUUGUACAAAGAAAAAUUGAAACAGGUUGAACAGCAGCUGCAUGAAAUUCGUGAUGGCCGAUCACAGGAAUAUGUGGAACCGCUGAAGCGGCUGGCCAAUAAUAUGAACGCUCGGAAAGAAGUGGCCGAGAUACUCAAAAACUUCCGAAUGGACAACAUUCGGCACAAAUUUGAGUCGGAACUGCAGGCAGCUCGACAACACUUUGAGAGUGAAAAACAACUAGCCAUGGACACCAUCUACGAGGAACUGAUGGAAAAAAUACGAAGACUCGAAGAGGAUCGCCAUAACGUAGACAUCUCAUGGGCCGACUGGGGCGCUAGCCAUAGGGCAUCGAAGGUUCGUGGUCCAGGUCGCCGGAAGGCCGUCACCGUGUCUGGUCCUUACAUAGUGUACAUGCUGAGAGAUGAAGACAUCCUCGAAGACUGGACCUCGAUACGAAAGGCGCUGAAAAGAUCGACGGCGGCCGCUACCUGAUAUUUGCUGUAGAGAUUUAUAAAAUUUACCUGUACCGCCUAAGUAAUUUUAUUGUGCUAGCAAAAAGCCCGUAUAAAUGAAUGUUCAAUCGAAUUAGGAUGUAAGGUAUGCUAAGGUUUAUAAAGAUGAAAAAUAAUAUCGAUAGUACUUCCUGAGUUCGAAAACAAAAAAGCGAAUAUCCAGCGAAUGAUUUUUUCCUGUUUUGUACUGUACUUGACGAGUUUGUAUUGCUUUUUAAUGUGGCAAUUAAUAAAUAUAUCUACAUAGUG